CGCGACAUAAACGCGAUCCGACAAACGCACGGCGAAUCGGUCCGAUCACUACAGCACAUCCAGUGCGGUGCAGCGGUGGUGCAACAUAAAUACGUAUACCAUACGGCACACGCGUGUUUCGUACAGGUGCACCGCGCCCGCACCGGAACUAGAAUCCAAUAUCAUUAUGGCCGAUUAUUCGGCGCUGGUCGUGCUGUUCGUCUCGCUGUCCAUAUUCGUGUUCUUCAAGUACUGCCUAGGAAAUCCACACGGCGACGGGCUGGACGCGUUCCGAUACGACAACGCCACCAGGCCCGUGCUCCAGCACGUGGUGUACGACGAAUUCGCCGGGUCCGCAAGCGCCCAACUGCAGUUCGUCUGACCCAGCACACACGCAGGACAUGAUAAUGCACCAYCGUAAGAUCACACGCAGCAGUGCAGCACUACCUCUUUUAUACAUACGGUAACGGCGCUCUAACUUUAAAGCGUGUGUGGGUACUGCGAGUGUGCUGCUACUCAAAUAUAACAUACAAUAAGUCAUUUGUCCAGUAAUAACGAGCCACGCACCGACGAAAAUUGGUUCUACUCAGCGCAUCCCUGCACUUCUAUCCUAGCUAUCCUGCCAAAGUGCAAUCAGUCUGGAUGACAGAGGGUCGCAUGGGGAGAAUCGACGACAAGUUUUCUCGCUGAACUGCAGAGUAUAUUACAUAUUAUUUAAAUAGAUAUACGCCACAACGGUGACUCCGAAAAUCAUAGAUAUCUGACCCGUUUGAACUAAAUCCUAUCACAUAGUUUAAAGCACACGACGUCUAACAGAAGUUAAGAAGUCUCAAUAAUUAUCCAUAACUGAAUAACAUCCAGCUUGAUGUGGUUUCCAUUACUUAAUUGCCCGAAUUGGAAACGAAAUUCCAUAGUUAUUCGUACACAAUUUGAUUAAUAUAGUUUCACCAAUGACUAGUGCCUACUACCAGACAAUAAGGAUAGCCCGGAAUGAUURCUAUUCUAAACAAACAUCUUCGUCAUGCUUCGAAAAAUAAAUAUUAUUUUCAAUAUUAACAAUUUUAAAAUAUUAUUAAAAUAUCCCGCAGUAACGUGAUGAAGAAAAACUACCAAACGGUACAAUGAUCAAAAUAAAUCAUUGUUUUACACAGAAAUAACUAAGAAAAAAGAAUAUUUCAUAUACAUAAUAUAUUAUAUAUAAAUUGCUCAUUUUAAAUAACAGUUAGAUGUAGGUACUUGCUAGUUUUAUCAAUGUAGAUUAUAUGUAAACAUGUAAAUAGUUUUAUUAUAUACAAUUAUUGUUGUAUCAUUAUUUGAUAUUAUACCUGUAAUUUGUA